ACACACAGGCGAGAGCAGAACCGAGGAACACGUUGUCCCAGGUUCAUGACAAUGUGUUGGCUGUCUCACAACUGAAUUACAACGCUUACUCGACUGAGAACAGACCGGAGUGACAGGACGGAGUCCACACCUUUGAGGAUUUAGCACGGGAAAAAACACCACUUUAGGAAAUAAAUUCGACGCCACGUCAGUACGUGAAUAGACGAUUUUUUACGGAUAUGAAGCCUAAAAAGGGUAUGCAGGCCACUUCUGGCAGUGAGACAGAAGAUGAGGAUAACAUUGAUGUCCCUCUGGAUCUGUCUUCGAGUCGUGGAUCUGCAGCCAAAAGAAAACGGAGAGGAAACCUGCCUAAAGAAUCUGUACAGAUUCUUAGAGAUUGGCUUUAUGAACACCGCUAUAAUGCCUACCCUUCAGAACAGGAAAAAGCACUGCUAUCAAAACAGACUCACCUUUCCACACUUCAGGUGUGUAAUUGGUUCAUUAAUGCUCGUCGAAGGCUCUUGCCAGAGAUGCUGCGGAAGGAUGGUAAAGACCCAAACCAGUUUACCAUUUCACGCCGUGCCAGCAAGGGGCCUGAGGGCAUGAGUGACAGCUCACACUCACCCAAACAUGACAGCUAUGAGACUGGCUCGCCUGCCUGCCCAGACAACACAACUAUUGACACCAGUUACCCCAGAAAAAACGCAUCACCCACUCUGGCCCGUCCCUCUGUCAUUUGCCACACUACCAUCACAGCUAUAGGCACGAACAUUGAAGGGACCACAGAGUUGGCAGUCUUCAGCUGCCCAUCAGGCACAGGACUGGGCACAGAAUUCAACACUCCACCACCUACACCACCUGACCUAACAGCACAGGACUUCAGUGGCUUCCAGCUGCUUGUGGACGUGGCAUUGAAGAGAGCUGCAGAGAUGGAGCUGCAAGCGAAACGAGUGCUUGCUUAAAUACUGGAAGUGGAGGAAUAGAUGGAGGAUUGCUGUUUCCUUAACUUUCAUUCCUGGCCCUAACCCCUUUGAAGCGUACUUUGCAGGGAGAUUGGGGAUGUGACUUGGUGACAGAAAGUGUUGAUGAAUCAUAAAGUCCUAAUCAUUUCUAUUUUUGCUAAAUAUAAAUCCAAUUGGUGCAGAUUUGUUAGUACAAUACACAAUUUAACAUGUCUUGGCAGUCCACAUCUUUUUGUAUUUCAUUGGUGUAUAUAAAUAAAUGUAUAUCUUUCUUUUUUUGCACACAGGUGACCAAAAACACAUAGACAAAGACUUUGUAGAUCUUUGAGAAAAGAGACUCGUAUCUUCAGUUCAAGUUUUCCAUUGUCAUUUUGCAGAGAUUUGGUUCUAUGAUUUUUUUUUUUUUUUUCCUUUUUCAUUCUGCAUCAUUUUUAGAGAACAGUUUUGCAGUUUACUCUGCCUAAUUUUUUGCACAAUAUGGCAGGUCAUGUUUCUUCCUCCCUGUUUCUCUAACGUACUGUAAUCACUACUGUUCCAGGUCAUACUUUUUUGUUUGUUUGUUUCAUUGUGUAAAGAAAAAAAAUGCUUUUUGGAAUGAUGUGUUUAGUCUGUUGUUUCUUUUUUUUAUUUUUCUCUGGAGGGGUAUUCAGAUGUAGCACAACUUUAGUCUGAGAUUCUCUCAGAACAUUCAGUGUACAGUGUAAAAAUGGCCAGUGAAUGUGUCCCUCGUCUCAACAUAAAUACACAUAUACACCUAAAAGACCGACUGCUCCACACUGUCCCCAAAAGCCCCAACAUGCACCCUCUCCACACAUCUUACACCCUAGUGAGCCUGAGGAAUGAACACUACAUAAUUUAUGUGUAUGUAAUGUGCUUAUAUUAUAUUAUGUUAAGACGUCACUAAACACAGAUAGGAGGAAGAUGCUUUUACAUCACCAAAAUGGAGGAAGACGAUUAAUUCUAAAUGGUUUUGGGACCUUUUUGUUCAUGCAUCGUAGGCAUGUGACAUGGUGUCAAACAGAUUUGAGUCCGCUUUUAUAUUGUGCAAUGUUUGUGGCAAAUAGGGGUCAUGUUGAAAUAAAGUUUUGUUUUCUACAAAAUGAUCUUGGGAUCUUGCUGGAGUUGAAAAAAUGUACAGCCACUGGUUUUCAGUCAAGUUUGCUAUAU